AUGCAACGCUCCGAGCAUGUCAGGCUCUGCGUCGAAGACACGGUCGGCCUGAAGGACGACCGGUACAGCGUGGGCGUCGUCGACCGCUCCUUUGCCGACGUCGACACACACGAGCCCCGCCCGCAGCGCGACUAUGGCGAGGACAUCGAGCGCCACCCCGACGUCCCGCUGGCCGAGUUCAACAAGUUCAUGAAGACGGGCAUCCCUCCGCGCGGCCAUGUGCUGGUGUCGUGGCAGACGCAGCUGAAGACGGAGCUCAUACCAGAGGCCCAUCUCCAGCUGCUCGAUCGCGCCUUCUACGUGGGCGAUGUCGUCAAGCGAAGCGCCGAGGAUCACAUGAGCGGCACCGUCAUCGGCACAAAGGCUGUCUGCACGCUCUUCCCCGCCACCCAGUUCCAGCACAUCACAAACCAAAUCACCGACGACCUCUCGAUACGCAACGUCUCUGCCGAUGAGCUCCUCAACGUCCACGAGUAUGUCGAGGGCGCCAUCGUAGUCUACGGCGACUGGGUUGGGCGCAUCGAGAAUGUCUACGACGAAGUCGCUAUCAAGCUGUCAAACAACUCCGUCGUCAUCGUAGAAGAUCCAGGCGAGCUGGAGCAUGAUGAGGUCGCUUUGGAGCGCAUCAGCGUUGGCGACAUGGUGCGAACGAAGAAGGGCAACCUGCGGCGCGGCAUCUGGAGGUACGGUGUUUUCGAUCCGAACAUCAAACCCGAAGGCAUGGUCGUCGAGACACGGCCUCUCGAACUUGACGUGCAGUGGUUGGCGAGGAGCAUCGGCGCUCAAGACACACAAUACGCUGCAGAAGAACCGCCUGCCAAUCUCGGCCGAGACGAGUUCGAAAGCCCCAGCUUCUAUCGUUACGAUGCCGCUGCCGGCGCUGCGUCGACACUCCCAAUGUCUGCCAACGGAACAGAUCGAACGUACCAUGUCACUGAGGUUGCAGUUGGCGACCGCGUUCGUUUCAAAGACCUCACAGGUGCUGCUGUAAAGUAUGAUGGAACCCACACAUUGCCGAAUGGAUACCCACAAGGUAAAAUCAGUAAACUGCCCCGAACGGAGACACUUGGCUAUGACAUGAAUGUCUUCCUUGUCAUGCAAACACACUCUCAAGUCACAGUCCAAUGGCAAGACCUGAGCGUUACCGAAGACGUAAGCUCGUCACUCAUACCAGAUCCAAACGUUGAGGACGAUGACGAAGUGUGGCCAGCAGAGGUCAUUUGUAGCAAGGAAGACAAGGCCGUUCCAACACCCGACCAAGUUGGCCAAUGGGUGAAGGAGCCCUCGAAAGUAGGCGUGGUUCAACAGGUCAAGUCACGAGACCGCAUAGCCAGGGUUCGUUGGUUCAACAACGCGGACAUCAAAUUCUUCGGCUCCGAUCUGCUACGGCCAGCGAUGACAGGAGAACUCUCCCAAACCGCCGAAGACGUCAGCCUUUACGACAUAUACUCAUUCACAGCUCUGACGCGGCGAAGAGGCGACUUCGUCCUGGUGCAUCCCUCUGGUAUACAGGCAGAUGUACCGAACGUCGAUGGCCCAAAUUGGUUUGGUGAGGUUGUAGACCUCAGUUUGGAUGGAAAAGCCAUUGUCCGUCUUGGUGCAGCGAAACCUGUCGUCGACAUCACUGUGGCAUACGAGAACCUCACCUUAGCGUACAGCACUGACAUGGAUAACGAGUAUAAUGCGCAAGAAGAGGUCGGCGACUCGAUCGAAGACUCGGAAGAAGACAUGUCCGACUUUGAUUCUGCUUCAUUCAAUGAAAUGUGGAUCGAGUACGAAGGCAUGGAGGGUGAACCGCCUGUCGGAGACGAGGCAGACUGGUCAACAGAGGAUGAGGAUGAGGUAGAAGAGGACGAUGAUGACGACACAUCAAUGCCUGAUCUAGAAUCAGUAGAUGGCGUCGAUACAUCGAAGACGACACCGGAUCCUGUCGCAAAUUCGGAGCCGACAGACGAUGCAACAAAUGACGCAGCACCCGAGUCGCAGCACACUGCGGAUCCCCAAACGGAUGCGUCCGCGCCAUUCCUCAUCCUCGAUACGCCACCACCCUCAAGUCACCACUACCUGAACAACACAUCAGCCUCCUCAUCGGCUUUCAUGCGCCGUAUCGCAAAAGAGCAUAAGAUCCUCCGGAAUGCUCUACCACCGAACAUCUUCGUGCGCACCUGGGAGUCGCGGCUCGAUCUGAUCAGAGUGUUGAUCAUCGGCCCCAGUGAAACACCCUACGAGUACGCGCCGUUCGUCAUCGAUUUUCACCUUGGCUCGUCAUAUCCACAAGCUCCUCCUGAGGCUUUCUUCCACAGCUGGACAGAUGGAAACGGCCCCGUAAAUCCGAAUCUGUACGAAGACGGCAAGAUUUGCCUCAGCUUGCUCGGCACAUGGCACACCGACGAGCGUAAUGAAAGCUGGAGUCCGGCGAAGAGCACGCUGCUGCAGGUUCUCGUAUCGAUCAUGGGACUGGUACUCGUAGCGGAUCCGUACUACAACGAGGCAGGAUAUGAUGUCCAGCGGGCAGCGCCAGAGUCACGGCUCAGCUCUGCGCUUUACACGGAACGAGCCUACUUUCGCGCGCGCGAAUUCAUCAACCACGCGCUCAGCAACACUAUCGAGCCGUUCGCGCGAGACCUACAAUACUUGUACCGCAGUGACGCACCGGAUGCACCGCGUCUACUCGACAAGGCCAUCGAGGCUGCAAAGGAUGUCGUCCAACGAAGCAGUAACGCAAGCGAGGAAGGCGAACGCGAUGGCCUACGAACGAUCAGCCUUGGCGCUGUUGUCAUGUUGAAACGGCAGAUUGGGAGGUUGGAAGCACUAAAGCAAGGUACAACAUAG